GCCAAACAGGCUGCGUUAGCUUCACUGUAAUGACGUUAGCCUCUUGGAUGUUUUUUUUCCGCCGUUAAUGAGUUUGGAUACCGGGGACCGACAUCCAUGAACCUCUCCGGUCAUCUGAAGCACAACCACGGUGACCUCCACGAAGUCAGCUCAGCGUCCUCCGGGCGAUCCUUAAGGAAGUGGUGACCCUGCCUACCGGACACGCUGCUUCUCCUGCCCUCCCCCCAACUCUGCCCCCCCACCCACUGUCCUGAUUGGGUCUCCGUGCUGCCGGCGGUGGAUUGGAGCACUCUGAUUGAAGGCUUUGCGAGGUGGUUUUUCGGUCUGGCGCCGCCUCCCCCCGGGGCCGGCGUGCGCUCCCAGCAGCCCGUGGUGCCCUGCGCCCCUCCCUCCCCAUCACUGCACAACAGAGCCCAUGCCCAAGGAGGAGGCGCGGUGCGUCCGCCAGGAGCCAUGUGCCUCCCUCACACCAACAACAUGGACAACAAGUUACAGGGGGCGGGGCAGGGGGGAGGGGCUGCACUUCGACCACGGGCAGGAGGCGUUCCACUGGAGCCCUUCGUACACCAGGUGGGGGGUCACACCAGUAUGAUGCGUUAUGAUGACCACACGGUGUGUAAGCCUCUGAUCAGCAGAGAGCAGCGCUUCUACGAGUCUCUGCCUCCAGAGAUGAAGGAGUUCACUCCGGAGUAUAAAGGUGUCGUGCUGGUUUGUUUCGAAGGCGACUCUGACGGCUACAUCAACCUGGUGGCCUACCCCUACGUGGAGAGCAACAUGGAGGGAGGAACGGCGGAGCACGAGGAGCGCGACCCUUCAGAGAGGGAGCAGCCGAGGAGGAAACACUCCCGGCGCAGCCUCCAUCGCUCCUCGUCCUCCUCUGAACACAAGGAGGAGCGGCCCGACAGGAGGGAGGCGCACGACUCCGACACUUCUGACAAUCUUGGAGAGCUGAAGAGUCCCAGACUCGACCCAAAGAUCCACUCCGACGUUCCCUUCCAGAUGUUGGACUGGAACAGCGGUCUGAGUUCAGAGAAGAUCAGUCACAACCCCUGGAGCCUCCGCUGCCACAAACAGCAGCUCAGCCGCAUGAGGUCCGAAUCCAAGGACCGAAAACUCUUCAAGUUUCUGUUGUUGGAGAAUGUGGUUCACCACUUCUCUUACCCCUGCAUCCUGGACCUGAAGAUGGGCACCAGGCAGCACGGAGACGACGCUUCCGAGGAAAAGGCGGCCAGGCAGAUGAAGAAAUGUGAACAGAGCACUUCAGGGACGCUGGGGGUCAGAGUGUGUGGCAUGCAGGUGUACCAGCUGAACACCGGUCACUACCUCUGCAGGAACAAGUACUACGGCCGCGGCCUGUCGAUCGAAGGCUUCCGUCAGGCUCUCUACCAGUACUUGCACAACGGAAAGGGUCUGAGGCAGGACCUCUUUGAGCCGAUCCUGAAUAAGCUUCGCAGCCUGAAGGCGGUGCUGGAGAGGCAGGCGUCCUAUCGCUUCUACUCGUCUUCACUGCUCAUCAUCUAUGAGGGAAAGGAACCUGAGGUCCUCAGCUCUGGGCAGCAUGCAGCCUCGCACCAGAAGAAUCCUGCGGCCCCCGCCGAGCCCUACUGUGGCCCCGGCCCCCACGCGCCUCCGGCCCCAGACGCUCCCUGUGCAACGGACAUGAGCCAGAACCCAGACCCGGGGUCACUGUCCUCUCAGGGACCUGGACUGAUGGCCACGCCCUCCCCCUCCCCUCGUCCUCCCCCACAGGCGCCACCCUCCAAGUCAGACUGCCACUCCUCCCUCCCCCCUCACCCCUCGCCCCACCCCCCCCCCGCCCCCUCCCCCCCCCCCCCCCCCCCUAAUUUCCUUCUCCCCUCCUCCCGCCGCCCAGCGGAGGUGGGACAUGAUGUACGUAUGAUCGACUUCGCUCACUCCACCUUCAAGGGUUUCCGUGGUGACACGGCGGUGCACGACGGGCCAGACCGGGGCUACGUGUUCGGACUGGAGAGCCUGGUCCAGAUCCUGGAGAGCCUGCGGGACGACAACCUGCCGUAGCUCCAAACAAACACACACACACACACAUACACACACAUGCACACACAGCUUGUUCAGUUCAGGUCGCACAGUCGGUGCAGGUCGUGCUGCACUGUUGUAAAAACACUCAGACGGUUUGGCUGUAAAUAUGAAACAAGGUUCUUCGGGACGUCUACAGUCGAGCAGUUACUAUAGCAACAGCCAGGAGGUGGGACAGUGGAGCUGAAAUGGCUGCAACUUCAAGCUGAUAUGGAGAACCUCUGAGGCUCUACACAAUGUACACAACACACACACACACACACACACAUUUGUACUUCUAUACUUGUGAGGACCUGCAUUGAUUUAAUGCAUUCCCAGCCCCUAACCCCGACCUGAACCAUCACAACUAACCAUCACAGUCUCACUUUAAAGUCCUCCUCCGCUUGGAAAUAUGUUUAUCUUACUGUUACUUCAGCUGGAUGUUUGAUGUUCUCUGUGCAGAGAGAUGUAUGAUCAGAGUUUGAAUCCAGAAGUUUGUUUUCACAUUCGUCUGCCGAAAGUUUCUCUGAGCUCUCUGCAGAUCUGAGUUUAUUUUAAAGGGAUACUUCAGAUCUUUUUUGAAGUUGGGUUGUAUGAAGCAGUUAUCUAAAGUCAGUGUAUUACAAACAGUAGAUUGCAGUUGGAAGGUCCUCAGUUUGGAGAAGCAGGCUGGAGUCCGACACAGAAGCUAAGCAGUGUACUGCUGUGGAUGGGGUCAGCAACAAAACGAACUUUAGCCACCUGAAAAAGUCAGACCAAAAAGUCUGUUUUCGCUAUAUUGAGUAUUUUCACCACUUAACUUUGAUGUCAGACAGCAGUUUCUAACAGGAAAUUAUAUUGCUCUCCUUAAGCCAAACUCCACUGAGAAAAACAGUGAUUUAACAUCCGUGAACACAGGAGCUGCAGGUCUGCCUCUGCGCAGAUCAGAUUAGUUUGUUUGUUUCGUUGUGCGACUUUGACAUUUAAAGUGGUUUGUCAUCAAAGUCACACAAUAACACAACCUAACUGAUCGAAGCAGCUGCAGACCAGCAGCUCCUGUUUUCAGUAAACAAAAAUUACUGUUUUUCUCAGUGGAGUCUGGUGGCUUUGACAAAAGAGUUGAUGUGGAACUGAAGCGAUUACCAACUUCCUGUUGGAACGUGUUGUCUGACCAAAAGAUAAAGCGCUGAAAAAACUCUCAAUAUAAUGUGAACAUAAAAUGAUAUCAAGUUCUUUACGUGGGACUUUUUUGGGCUGUGUUUUUAUUGCUGACAAACUGGAGGCGUGCUGAGUGAAAUCUCCUGUAUGUGAUAUACUGAGUAUAGAUAAGUACCACAUACAGCCCCACUUCAAAAACACUGAACUAUCCCUUUAAUAUAGAAUCAGUUAUUGAAUGUGCAAACAGCUUUCCGUCUGCACGGUGAAGCUCAAACAUCCAAAUAAAGUAACAGUGAACAGAACACACUUCAGAGUGGAGCGACACUUGAACCAAAACACCAAGUCAGAUUGAGCGAUGUGAGGACCGGCCAAAAAUGUCGCCACUCCCAAUGUCCAAAACUCAUAUUGGUCCUCGCCAAGAUAGACGAACAAGAGCACACACACACACACACGCUCAAACACACAUCCUGGGAACGGUUGUCUGUGGAGUUUGACAGCACAGUGGGACAGAGCGUCCUCUCUGAACGACCAAUCAGCUGAUCCCAGGGGCCGCCCUCUGAAGCUGGCCAACACUCACGUUACCCCCCUCCCCCGUCCUCCCUCCCCGCCUCUCCUCCUCUUCACUCCUCUUUCUCUACAGAAACCAAACCUGAACAGGUGAACUGACUCUUUUAGCGUUACCUUGGCAACGCACUCCGAAACACAUCCAAGCAAUAGAUGGCGAUGAAAGACGGCAACUUUUUUCUUCAGCAGUGCAGAGCGCGGCAUCGCCGGCAGGGAGAACGGCGGUGAAGUGCAACUUAGACGUAGGCUUUAAGGAGAGAAUAUAGAUAAUUUCGAAAACGCUGUGUGUCCGUUUUUGGGGCUUAAUUGAAAAACGUUAGUAGUCGGUGUCCUGUAAAAUCAUCCUCUGGGUUAUUGUGUAAUAUCGAAAGCAUAAGUGUCACUUUCCCAAACCUGGUCUGCUGAUAUUUUUAUUAUUGUCAACAAAUCCCGUAAAAAAAGACUCGAGAUCGUAAUUAAUUGAUUUCACAAACAAGUUUAUCCAAAGUAUAAAAAUUUCUUUCUCUUCGUUGUCCAAAAAAAUAUUAAAAACACUAGUUUAUUUUUAUACUUUAUUUUGACACAAUUCCAAAUACACUAUACUAGUGCAACAAGUGUGGAUUAAUCCGCCGCUGAAACUAGUCCCCCAUAAAUGCACUAUUUCCUCCUGUUUCAGUAACGUUUGAUAGAAACUGCAGUGACCAUCUGUUUUAGGAAGUUACUGAGCCUUUUAAACAUGAGAUUACGUUAUUUUUAUGAUACAAAUUAUUUGGGGUAUUUUAUUAAAGAGCUGACAGAGACGAGAUGACUGGAAACCUCUGGACAGACUCUAUCUGGGGAUGUGUGGUUUGUGGUUUGCGCCUUAACCCCUCGACCACCAGGGCGUCCCUGAAUGUUUCUUUAUUCGUGACUUUGCAAACAGCAGUGGACAAAACAAUCUUCCCUCAGCGUUCUUUGAACAGCUGCUCUGGAGCUGCUUAUCUAGUUGAUGUUCAAAUUGUCAUCUGUUUUAAAGCUUUGAAGACUUUUCAGCCAUGUUGUCUUUUAAAGAUCAAAACCUCCAGAACAGCUGCUAAUAACUGUUUCUUUUUGCUGUCCCCGAACUUUAAAUCUCUACUUUUAAAACAACAUGGACGAGAACUCCUUAAAAGGGAACUACGCUCCUUUUCAAAAUUCCUACAUGUACUUCUUACGGUUUAAGUCAGUCCAAAAUUAUAAGUAAACAAGGAGAACCCUCUUCAAAAUCCAAAAACUAGAGUGCGUAAACUCAAAUCUGAUGUCAGAGGGUUAACGUCUGGAGCUGCUCCACAGAGAGUGAACUGGGACACUGAGAGCACCAGGGGAACGUUCUGAGUAUGUGGGAACAUUUUCUGUUUCGCAGUCGUGAACUUUGCAACAGAAUUAAGCUCAUUUGGGAAUAAAAAAAAGAAAACAAACAGUGGCUCCACCAAAUCAGACUCCUGUUCAAUGUCUAUGGAGAAGCUCAUGAAAGUUUGAGGCUUCUUUAUGCAUUUUUACUCAGAACCAAACGACGGCGGCGUCAUGCUGCUGCAGUGAGUGAUUAUAGACCCAAUCCUGCAAUCAAAAGAGGCGUGACGUGUAACACAAAGGCGUCGGCCUCUGGUCUGACAUAAAACAUGUGGUGGCAGAGAUCUAUAAACACAACAAUGGGAUUAACGUGUCAAUCACAAUCAUUCAGUCUCCGUUAUAUGAUCUUGCCCUCUGCUCGGAGAUAAAGGAGCUUCUGGAUCUUAAAUUUUUCCCAGUUUGUGGAUUUACAGCUGCUGUUCUUCUUCUGCUUGGAGCUACUUUUUAAAUCUCAAGCAGUGGGCAAAACGUCACACUCACCCCACCGAUGGUCACCUCUUCCUGGUUUUACGUUUUACACAGACCUCGUUUCGGUGCUGUUUCUGUCUCCAUUCCCGGCUCGCAGUCAGACCUUAUUUACUGAACGGCGAGGCAGAAUAACGGCACGUUUUUCCUGCAUCAAACAGGCAGCGUAGAAGAGAGUAGCUCGUGUUCACAAAUAUUGAUUUAACUUUCCUCGGCCAAUAAAGAUAACAUAUUGCAGUUGUUAAUUUAGGUUAUGUUCCCCUUUAAAGUGCACGAAAAAAUAGAAAAAAUGGAUCAUUUGAUAUGGGAUUUUCUUUUUUUUAAUCAGCUUUGUAUCUGAGAGACAUUUUUACAGUUUCAUCUUCAGCAGGAACAAAUGAGGCUGAGAGCCGCACACAGGAAGUCAGACACGUUGUUGUUUUUGGGUCUUUUCGUGAAAUUUGUUGACAAUAAGAAAAAUACAGAAAAGUAUCAGCCUUCUUCUUUAAGUUAGGGCUGGGUGUUACGGUUGAAUAACAAGAAUAUUUAAUAAGAAGAAUAUUUUUCUUACGUAUAUUAUAUACACAUAUAUAUAUAUUAUGUGAUAAAAUCACAAUCUGCGCAAAAUCAUACAAAAUAAUCAAAUUCAUGUUCAUGACAGUGAACUGUGGAAAAAAUCCAUUUCAUUGACUUUUUCCAGGUUUUUAAUUAUAAUUUGCCUGGAAUCAUUCGACAUCAUUUUGUGAAACAUGGUGUGUUUAACCCCCUGAAACCUGGAUCCACAUCACUUUUCUUGUGCUGCAUUGAGAUGCCUUUCACAAUUUAACCCUUGA